AUGAAGGUUAAGGUAGAAUCUCUUCUUGAUUCAUUGCAUGCCAAUGAAGAAAAAGUCCCUCUCCUGAAGGGAGUGGCCACGCCGAAUGAGGAUGAGAAAAACUUGAUUCAGAAAGCCAUUUGCCAGACAUUCAAGAGCACAGCCCAUCUGGCCAAUCUUUUACCGACCGGAACAGUGCUUGCUUUCCAGCUUUUAUCGCCCAUAUUUUCGAAUCAGGGAAACUGUGACUCGGUCAGUAGGUCCAUGACUGCAGGACUUGUUGGCCUCUGUGGGUUGUCGUGUUUCCUGUCAAGCUUCACCGAUAGCUUUAGAGACAAGAAUGGAAAUGUAUGUUAUGGGUUUGCGACAUUCCGGGGCUUGUGGGUCAUUGAUGGGUCGGCGACCAUUCCACCUGAAGUUGCUGCAAAUUACAGGCUGCAGUUUAUAGAUUUCAUGCAUGCCCUCAUGUCAAUACUAGUAUUCGCAGCCAUUGCCUUAUUUGAUCAGAAUGUGGUAAAUUGCUUCUAUCCAUCACCAUCAACUAAGGCACAGGAAGUCCUCACAGCAUUGCCUGUCGGGAUCGGUGUUUUUUCUAGUAUGUUAUUCCUUGUUUUUCCCACCAAGCGCCAUGGAAUUGGCUUCCCCCUUUCUGCUAAUUAA